UGCAGUGGUAUCUGUCGAUAUUUAUCGAGAGAAGAAUGGACAUAAAACUGCAAUUUCAGAUCUGCCUCCAGAUCAUUUUGGGGUUUUGGUUUGGGCAAAUGUGGAAGGAUGUGGCUGCAGUCGGGAAUCAUGCUUCUUACAGAAUCAGCAACUCGGUCUCUGAUGCAAACCUGAUGUUUGAGUUCUUGCUGGGCGGGGUGGAGAUUGACCAGGACAACAUCGUUGACUUGCUUGAUGAGGAGAUGGCAUCAAUGAGGCAAGGGCGAGCUUUCCUGUCUCAGAUCAAUGACAAUAUUCCCAAAACCCGGAGUUCCAUGGAGCAGAUGCUGGACACGCUUGAGGGCCAGGAGAAGGCGCCCUUGUCUCCAACUGAGUUUGAGAGUCUUGCCCUGAGCAUGGUCUACUCUGCCUAUCAGAGCAAGCAGCAGGAAGGAAAAGCGGAGCAACUGGCCUGGAGUGGAGUGCUCCUCCGAUUGGCCAAUGUCACAGUCAGUGAUCUGCGUGGACAUUAUCUCAUCGCUUAUGCAUAA